AUUGGUUAUAGGAAAGAAACUUUUCCCCAUUCCAGCUGAGUUAAAAGGGAAAACACAGAGGUUGCUUUUAUUUCGUGGAGACGACUGCAGACACCAUGGCAGCUGAAAAGCCAAUACUUUACAGCUAUUUCCGAAGUUCCUGUUCUUGGAGAGUGCGAAUCGCACUGGCUCUGAAAGGAAUUUCCUAUGACCUGGUCCCAGUGAACCUCAUUAAGGAUGGAGGACAGCAGUUUUCUGCUGAAUUCAAGGCACUGAAUCCAAUGCAGCAAGUCCCAGCCUUGAAAAUUGAUGGCAUCACCCUUUCUCAGUCACUAGCUAUAAUUAAUUACCUAGAAGAGACACAUCCUAACCCCAGGCUCCUGCCCCAAGAUCCAAAGAAGAGAGCUCAAGUCAGAAUGAUCGCUGAUCACAUUGUCUCUGGCAUUCAGCCACUUCAGAACCUGAGUGUCCUGAAACAAAUGGGGGAGAAAAAAAUGGAAUGGGCUCAGAACUGUAUCACAUCUGGCUUUCAAGCCCUGGAGCAGAUUCUGCAGCACACUGCUGGACGCUACUGUGUGGGGGAUGAAGUUUCCAUGGCUGAUCUGUGUUUAGUGCCUCAAGUUGCCAAUGCUGAAAGAUUCAAAGUGGACAUGGGUCCAUAUCCCACAAUAACCAGAAUAAAUAAAGCUCUCUUGGAGUUAGAGGCCUUCAAAAUAAGCCACCCUUCCCGGCAGCCAGAUACUCCUGCAGAGCUGCGAGCUUGAAGCCUUUCUACUCAUCAAAUCUAGAAAGCUGCCAUGAUAAAGAAGACAACACCUACAGUUUGAGUAGGACUUCAGUGCCAGUAGGAAACCCCAGAACUAUUGUUUCCCUUUCACCUGGGUGGGAAGGACAGAGGACCUGGAAAUAGUGUGGAUGACUUACAGGAUGCCUGUGCUGGAAUACCUGCAGCUACUAGUAUUUUCUAUGCAGUCUAUCUCCAUGAAGCAGAUUAAAGCAGAAGUAUCCAUAAUGA